AUGAACAAAUCAAACAAUCCUUGCUUUUACAACGAUGCUAUGAGUCCCUCGCCUGCAAAGGACGCCACGAGCGUCGCCCAAUCAAAUUAUUCACCUCUUCGUGCUCCCGGGUUGACAUUUACCUUGACAUACCAUCUUAAGAACCCACGAAAUCUUGAAACCUCACGGAAGGCAAUUGCUCCUCUGAGCUUCGGUUCUAAUACCGAUACUGGUGUUGGAGCUAUAAGUCAUUGUGCGCAGGCUUCGCAACGCAGCUUUGAGGCAGAUAUCACAGACCAGAAUAGUGAUGGUGAAGAGUCAGCUUCCGCCACGGAGGACGAUUAUGAUGGGGAUGAGAGCAUGAAUGAUGACUCUGAGUACAUGAUGGUUGGAGCCCAGCAGGAACAUACUCUCGGAGACACCUUCAUAGAAUGUCGCAGUUGUGGAGAUAUUUUCGACUACUCACGAUAUGCCCUGUGGGUACCUGGAUAUCAGCGAAAAUUACGACGAUCUCUUCGAAUGCCAUCUGAAGACACACACCCUCAGAUUGUCAGAUGUCCAGGAUGCGACGCUGAGAAUUGUAUGGCCUGCGAGAAACCUCCUCAUGAAUAUUCCUGUUUCUAUGAGCAUGCUCAUGUCGUAUGGCAUGCUUUAUGUACCGUUGACGAUGCCAUUGUUCAACAUCGCAAGGUGUCUCCAUACAAAAGAGACAACAAGAGUCUUGAAGCCGCGGUUGUAAAAGCCCUAAACAUCCUCCUCGAACAUAUACCAAAAGAUUCUAAGGCCUCGCUGGACUAUUCUGACCUCAUCCGGAAGAGUUUGUUGCUAGACCAGGUGGCAGUCACAAUUGGAAAUAUGACUGCUGAAAAUCGAUUCGACACUGUUUGCCUACAAUCCUGGUCAUUCAUCCACAUGCUCUCUGAGCGCAAGAAUCUGUUCGGCUUGUUGAUUGAAAACCGACUUGAGCUCCUGAGAGACUUAUCUCCUGGUGUUAGGAUCUUGGGAUUCCCAGUCUCCUUUUUCCCUGUCGAAUUGACCUACGACGCUGACCGAUAUGCCCCCUUGACCUACACUAUAUGGUCUCUCAUCCGCCGCAACUACCAGUCAGCACAUGAGUACCUGUCCGCGGAUACUGAACUAAAUGAUAAGUGGCCGGCGGUGCAAUUAGCACGGAAUAUUGUUCAACUCUAUGAUGAUCUGAAGAAGCAAUCACAACCAUCUGAGCUCACCCUUUUUAUGCAAGCCCAGCAAUUGCAAUCCUUUUCGGCACGUCUUGAAGAGAUGCAUCGAGUUAGCGGCACAGAAUACGGAGCUGUAAAGGAGAAUAUCAGAGUUGCACGAUCUCCGUGGCUGGUCAAGAAGCGAGGUCAGGAUGAUGGGGAUGAUUGUGAUGACACUGGAGGCAAGAGAAGAAAGACUCCUACUCAGGCUAUGGGACAUGGUUUAGCGAGUGAAAAUGACUGGACUGCAAGCAAAAGUGGGGGAUGGUGGAAGAUUGUCCAGUAG